AUGAGCUCUGUUCCAUCGACUUCGGGGUCUGUCAACGGCCGUGCGCCUCUUUUCAACGGCACCUCCCAUGGCGAAGUCUCGACCGAAUCAUCCUUUGACGCCAACGGAAGUUCCCCCUCCUCCUCGAGUUAUCCCAUGAAUGGCUUCUCCCAGCCACCCUACCAGAGUUCUCAUAACGAGGAAAUCGUGAGCCAUCUGUACCAUGCAGGUUUUCAGACAGGUAAUUACGCAGACACCAUACUGCAUGUGCACCAAAAUGUAUACCGUCUCCAUGCCAUCAUCCUAUCUCGCUCGCCAUAUCUUGCGCAUCUAAUGUCUACGUCUCCACAAACGAGCGGACAACGCCUUAUAUACGUCCAUCUAGACCACGAACCAGAAGUUACCCAGGAGGGUUUUGCCAUAGCCCUGGGAUACCUAUACUCGGCCAUCUCCCUUAACCUCAUCCGAUCCGAAAAUGCACGGGCCGUUCUGGCUGCGGGAUGUCUCUUGGGAGGCAUGGAGGAGCUGUGCCAGUACUCCUACAAUGUGUGCAGGCAGUCCAUGUCCGUGGAGACGAUUGGAAGCUGGCUGGACUUCGUCGACGCCAUCCCCUCGUCCUCGGACGGCACCGCGACUCCUGAGAUGCCAACAACGUCUGUCUUCGGGCAGUAUGCUCAAAGAUUGCGAGAUGACGUUUUCCACUUCCUCGUGGUUACUCUUCCCGAGGUUCUCGAGAUUCAACGGCCACACCAGGAUCCUUCUUCAGGCCCAAGCGGUCGUGAAGUCCUUUUACAAAUCUAUUCCCGCGUUCCCUUUGAAAUGUUCAAGAGUGCGGUGGAAUCUCCGACCUUCUUGAUCGGGUCCGACCAGGCUAGAUUCAAGUUUGCUAAAGAUGCCAUCGAGCUACGCAAGCGAGGUAUUGCGCGAGGUCUUGGGGCAGAAGAGACGGUGGUAUUAGCGUUCGGACAGGGCAAUUUUGGGACGAGUGCCGUGCAUGUUACACGGAAGCUGCGGAAGCGGCCGUUGUGGAAGGUGAACUCGUAG